UUCAUAUUCACUUUCAAGAAGGAUGGUAACUUAAGUUGUGUAGUUUCACGGGAUCACUGAACAGAAAGUCCGAUCACCCUCGAUGUUGAGUGUGGGCGUGGCAGUGUCACAGUCAGUCACAUAAGGUAUGGACGGAACAUGCAGCCAUUAAAAAUACAGAACAGUUGUACACCGUAGUAGGCAGUAGUUGGCAGCAUGUUAUUCAUUUUCCUAUUCAAGUGAUUAACCAACUCGAACCAAGAUGGCUGAAAGCAGUGUGGUUCCACUCCUUGAGAUACGUGACGAGUUCGUCACGUGUGAGAUUUGUUUGGAGUAUUUUGACAAUCAGGACAAAUCUCCACGUAUCUUGCCGUGCUUCCACAGUUUCUGCUGCCGAUGUCUGGAGUCGAUUUGGGAGAAGUCACCGACUGGAGUGAGAUGUCCCAACUGUCGGCAGGUUUGGCCUGUUCAGAAUACCAUAUCGGGAACAUUUCCACAAAACAAGGUACUGAGGAAUUUAGUUGAAUAUCUUACAAUGAAAAACAAGGUGGAUGAAAUUAUGUGCCAUGAAUGUCCUGACAGUUCAAGGGCAACAAUGCGUUGUUUGGACUGUCGGGAAUUUAUGUGCAAAGGAUGCGCAACGUAUCAUAAAAAAUUUGCAGUGUCAAAAGACCACAAGACCAUUUCGAUUAAGGAAUUGGUUAAUAUGCCUCAUGAUGACUUUUUUCAGCAGAGAGAUAUGUGCAAAAAACACAAAAUGACUUUAGAUUUAUACUGCAAGGUUUGUGCAACUGAUAUCUGUUCAUCGUGUGCUCAUGUCUCUCAUAGAUACCAUGAGAUAUUGGAUCUCAAGGAUGUAUAUGAAGCAAAGAUGGACCACAUCAAAACAAUACUGAAAGAUAUUCAAACUUCAUCAGAAAGACCACAGAAGUAUACAUCCAGACUUUCUGAACAAAAUGCAACUCUAGAUUCGAUGAAAGAAAAUAUUCUAAAACAUAUUGAUGAUUCCUAUGAAGAGAGUAUUCACAAGUUGUCUGAGAAAAGAAAACAGAUGAAAGAAGAUGUCAUUUCAAACAUAGACAAACAAAAAGCUGAUAGAAACGAGCAGAUGAAGUUGAUUGAACAGUCAGAAGUCCUCAAGGUGGACCAUGUUUUGCACUGUAAGCAAGCUGUGCAAUUUGCACGAGCUGCUGACUUUAUAGAAAUGGCUCCGACCCUUGAAGACAAACUUCGCUCUGUGAUGGAAGGUACGGAACUGGUUGAUAUUCCUAUACAAGAGGUUACCAUCGAUGACACGUUCAAACAGAUUGAGAAAAUUAUCGAGAAAACUGGUCUAAUAUGGAAUGGAAUUAUUUUCAACAAAAACAACUCAGACGAGGAUGUGAUGAAAAGAAUUCUCUUCCCUGUUGAUGGACAGUCAGAACAGUACAGAACACUUCUUUUGCCAAAUAUAGAGUAUGAUGCACAGAAGAUAAACCGGAAGCAGUGUAGUAUUAACGAAUCUGGAAUUCUGGUCAACAAACCUUCAGAAGUAAAGCAUACUGACCAGACUUCCAGUCUGCAGCGUUUGUCUGGAGUCACAGCCAGGACGCAUGUACCGACGUCUGGAUGUGCGUUCUGGGAGACGGAAGUUGACUGCAUGGUGCGUGAAUCGGCUAAAUUAAACUAUGCGGUAGCACAAGUUGGUGUUUGUCUGGACGAGCACUGUGACAAUACAACAGGGAUUUUUAAUAACGAAAAUGCGUGGGGUGUUAUGGUGGCCAGCUGUAAAACUCACAACACUAUCUGUUUAUUAGCUUAUUCCCGUGGAAAGAAGCUGUGCUGUAUUCCUGUGACUGAUUUCAAAACUAACUCACGACUCAAGGUCACACUCGGGCUGUUGAUAGACAUCGACAACGCCCUUCUCCACAUGAUUCGCGUUGACGACAACACACUUGUACACUCCAUCCCAAACAUCGACGUGUCGCGACCGCUGAUGCCGAUGUUUGUUGUUAACUGGCCUGAAUGUUUUGAUGUUAAACUGAGAGUGCCUUCUGGCAUGGAUCUCUCAGUAAACCGUGAAUUGUUGGUCCUGCUCUCGAGUUUAGUAAAAUGGGAGAGUCGUGAGACCUGAUUCAGUGCAAUGCAAACCUGUAUAACCCGGUGCCGACUCCCACACAGGGCGAACUUAAACGAGCCAAUGGGGAGUUGUGACUAACGGAUACUUUUUAAUGAUUGUAAUUACAUAUCAACUAUAUUUUUCUACAUAAAAUUUUAGAGGGGUAUACUAAACGUGUUUCUGAUCGUUCUAAUAUGUGUACUAGCUUAAAUUUCAUUUUAUUUUC